AUGAUGAACAUAUCACCUCAAUUUAAACGGUGGGGACAAAACACCCGGAAUUUGCAACAGCAGGAAGCAUAUCCCUUGCGGGAACCUCCCUUCGAUACAUACAUGGUGUUAGAUUUUGAAGCUACAUGCGAGCGUCACCAACGUCUUGAAGUGCCGGAAGUUAUUGAAUUUCCUAUAGUCCUCGUAGAUGCGCGGAAUGGUAAUACCAUUAGUGAAUUCCAGCAGUACGUGCGACCGGUAGUUAACCCUCAGCUCUCUCAGUUUUGCACUGAGCUUACGGGUAUAACGCAAUCAGUGGUAGAUAGAGCAAGCACAUUUCCCGACGUAUUUACCGCUGCGAUGAACUACCUUCACCAAAAUAAUUGUGGUGAGAGAGAAAUUAACAAAAGAUAUCUCCCCGUGACAUGUGGUGACUGGGACCUCAAGACAAUGCUUCCUAUUCAGGUUAAAGCGUGUAUCCAACAGGGGUUUACGGUCAACGUGCCUCCAUCCCUUCGCCGGUGGUUCAAUAUCAAACAGUACAUGCAAAGAGUUUUAUCUCCGGGUUUGGGACAAACGGUGUCACAACCUAUACGCGAUCUUCCAGAUAUGAUGUCUGUACUCGGUCUGGAGAUGAAGGGCAGGCACCACAGCGGGAUAGAUGACUGCAGAAAUAUAGCCGCUGUGCUAUGUGAACUUAUCAAACUUGGCCAUGUUAUUACCCCAACAACAGACUACAAUAGUGAGCUCACACGGGGUACCUCGUGGGUUAGUGUCGGUGCAACUACGUCCUUGAAGCCCAGUGCAGGUUUAGGGAAGUGUCAGCAAAUGCCUCACUGCCGAGAGGAGGGUUCGAACAACUCUGCCAUGGGACGGAAGAGGGCUGCUAGUGACACAGUGAACAAUCAACAGAGCAUGAUCAAGAGGAUUCAUAUUAACGUGCUUGAAAAUGAAGAUCCGCUACAAGACUUGCUAAACUUGAAGACUGAUGACAGAAACAGGAUGGGUAGUGAAGACAUGACAAAGGAAAAGGUGGUUACAUAUUCUAAGGCCCUCUCCCGUAUUCUCCGACAUGGAGCAGACAAAAUGAAAAUUACAAUCUCGGAUGCCGGGUAUGUGCUAGCCGACGAUUUAGUACGCUGUGCGCCCUUCUCUAACGAUAAGGCAGCGCUGACCCAUCUCGCCUGGGUGGUUUAUUCCAACGACAAGAAACGAUUUAAAAUGGCUUACGAUGAAAACAGGCGUGUAUACAUACGCGCUAACCAGGGGCACAGUUUGUCUGGGAUUAAUCCCGAACUGGUUCCAAUCACUAGCGAGACUCAAGUCCCUUUUGCCGUGCAUGGCACGUAUUAUUCUGCGUGGGAACGAAUACGUGGCUGUGGUUAUCUUUCAACAAUGGGACGACAACACAUUCACUUCGCCAAGGGGAUGCCAGGGUCCGACGGCGUUAUAAGUGGAAUGAGAAAUACCUCAGAGGUGCUUUUAGUUCUUGACGUGCCGUUGCUUUUGAAGGAAUCUGUGGAGUUGUGGGAAAGUGCCAACGGCGUGCUACUUACCCCUGGUGUAAGUGGCACGGGUCGACUGCCUUUGAAGUAUAUCAGUUCUGUGGUCGACCGCCGGACAAAUGAUCUACUACCACGGUGA